AUGUCCUCUGUUCAGAGGCCAGAAAAACAGAGAGAUAGGUUCCUCCAGCAGACAAAAAGAAGCAGUCAUUCAGCCGUCUCUGCCCCGUAUACACUACCCCAAUCUGGUGGAACAGUUAAUGCCAUUACUUGCCCCAUCGGUACCACCAUGGUUUGCACCACGCUCCAAUGUGGUGACCCCGGAAGUGUUUGA